UAAAACACAGAAUGACCUACUGCUGGUGAAACGUUAAGAAAAGGUUGGAUAAAGUGUUAUUGAAAUAAUUUCGAAGUGAACGCCUAAUUUUUUGUGACAUGGACCAAAACAAUAAGAAUGAAGAAGAUUAUGGUUAUCAGCUGUUUCCGGAAAGAAAUACUCAGACAUUUAAAAAAGGAUCAUUCGCGAAAAACCUCUUUACUUACAAUCACAAGUGUCAGGUCAUGCUGAAAUUCACAUUGGACACAAGUCCAUAUGCAAAACUGCUUCUUAGUGCAAUGAAACGUUCGGGAUGCACUGUUAACAAAGAUAGGCAUUUCUCCUGCGAGGACUGUGACGGAACUGUUAGCGGUGGUUUUGAUGCUACAACUUCACAAAUUGUUUUAUGUCAGAAUAACAUUCAUCAACAAUCCCACAUGAACAGGGUUGUCACCCACGAACUCAUUCAUGCGUUUGAUCAUUGCAGAGCUCACGUUGAUUGGUUUAAUAAUUUCAAGCAUCUGGCUUGUUCAGAGAUUCGGGCAGCUAACCUUAGUGGCGACUGUUCUUUUAGUAACGAAAUUGUUAGACUCAACUUGGGCAUUAAACAACAUCAUCAGAAAUGUGUUCGAGAUCGAGCUCUUCGCUCUAUCUUAGCUGUCCGGAAAGUGAGCCGUGAAGAUGCAGAGAAAACCGUGGAUGAAGUGUUUGAUAGCUGUUUUAAUGACCAUGCGCCCUUUGGAAGAAUCCCACACAGCCGAAGAGAUGCAGAACAUGCCUACAGGGAUUUUCAAAACCGAGAUCGCUAUUAUGCUAAUCUUUAAAAAUUAAAAUAAAAUCUUUAUUUCACUUUAUUUGUUGUAUUACAGAUACAAAACUUUAUUGCAAGUGGUGCUGUGUCUAAGACCUGGGUUGUGAUUCAAGCAGGCCUCGACAGUCUUUGUAUCCAUGCUUUUGUACUUAUAAGUAUGGGCAUACAUAUAUGUUUAAAAUGUAUAAAAUGUACUUGGUAAUUCAUACCGAGCCACACAAUUAGUUGAGAGUUGCACCCGAAGUCUGUCUGGGUUCAAUAAUAGUGGUUUGUUUAAUAUAACAAAUUACACCUGUCUCUGUACAUGUCAUUUGGUAAUUUAUAGUAAGAUUUGUUUCCUGGAAUUUGUUAUUUUGGAGAAUUUAAUCAGAUCUGUACAUUUAUUGGAAAUGACAUUAAUAAAAAAGGUUUUAAUAA